AUGUAUCCGCCGUUUGAUUACUUUGAGCACCGCCGGGCCUGCGUAAUCAAGCAGCGCCAGCGCGACGCUCGCUUCGACUCUCUUCCAGACCCCUACAAAGGCCCGCUCACCUCCCAGCAGCGCUCCAUCCUCGACGCUCCGAUUGCCCAGUUGGUCCGCGACGUUCACAAUGGCAUCUUAUCACCCAUUGACAUCCUCCGCACCUAUGGAAAGACCACCACUGUGGCGCACCAACGAACAAAUUGUGUCACCGAGAUCCUUUUGCCAGAGGCCGAAUCGUGGGCACGGAAUGACCAGGAUGUGAACCUCAAGGGUCCGCUCGCCGGUAUCCCCGUAUCUCUCAAGGACUCCAUCGCCGUGGGUGGUUUCGACGUGAGCGUGGGAUACUCGCGUAACGUAUUCAAACCAUACAGCGAAGACGGUGUCAUGGUGAAGCUUCUCAAAAGAGCCGGAGCGAUCCCUCACGCGAAGACGGCGCUGCCUAUCACGCUGUUGAGCUUCGAGAGCACAAACGAUCUGUGGGGCGUGUGUAAGAACCCGCAUAAUCCCAAGUACUCGCCCGGUGGGAGUACAGGCGGCGAAGGGGCGCUGUUGGCAUUAAAUGGAUCAAGGAUUGGAAUCGGCUCGGACGUCGCGGGCUCCGUGCGUGCCCCUGCAGCUUGGUCAGGGAUUAAUUCCCUCCGCUGUUCGACUGGCAGAUGGCCCAAAGUUGGCAUGAAUACGUCGAUGCCGGGCCAAGAGGGGAUCCCCAGUGUGUUUUCUCCAAUGGCAAGGACACUGGAUGAUUUAACCUACUUCACGCGGGCCUUCAUCGGUAUGAAGCCAUGGGAAGUGGACUACACGGUCCACCCUGUUCCCUGGCGCCAGGAACUCUACGAUGAGACGUUUGCGAAGAAGCCGCUGCGCAUCGGCUUGAUGGCCACAGACGGCGUUUGCGCUCCUGCCCCGGCGAUCGCUCGUGGUUUGGAUGUCACAGCCUCCGCCCUCCGCUCCGCCGGCCACCAAGUGGUCGAAAUCCCCGUCUCUUCCUAUCCCCCCACCGCCACUCCGGCCCAAGGAUUGCAAAUCGCCAGUGUGCUGCUCUGCGCUGAUGGCGGCAAAACUUUCCGAUCGUUCUUCCGCACAGGCGAAUCUAACGACCCAGGUGCGGCGCAGAUCAAUUUCUACAUGUCUCUGCCUCGAGCUGUCAAGUACCUGUGGUACCUCUUCACGCGCUACAUCCGGCGUGACUCAGUGUGGGCAUCCAUUCUCCGCUAUUUCCACCCCCUUAGCGCAUUCGAACAGUGGCGAUGGGUUGCCAAACGCGAAGCUUUCAGGGCGAUGUGGUUCGACUGGCUCAACCAGCCCGCGCAGCAAUUUGAUUUCAUCUUGUGUCCCGGAAACGCCACUCCGGCCCUGCCGCAUGGAUGUAUGAAGGAGGCGGUGAGCAGCUGUGGGUACACGUUUUUGUGGAAUCUGUUGGAUUACACAACUGGUAUCAUCCCUGUCGCCAAGGUGGACCAAGAAAAGGAUGCUCUGCCGAAGGGCUUCAGGCCAGCGAAUGGCGUCGAAAGGGGUGCGUACAAGUACUACGACAGCGCGAAAAUGGCGGGGCUGCCGACUGCAGUGCAAAUCGUCGGCCGGAGACUGACGGAGGAGAAGGUCCUGGGUUAUAUGCAAGUCGUGACUGAUGCGUUGAGAGAAAGCGGAACGGUGUACGAGCAUUUGGACGUGGACAAUCUACCCGAGCUCGAGCAGGGAAACAGGAAGAAAAGCCCCGUGGAUCCCAAAAAGAUUUGGUAA